GUGGGGCUGAGACUUGAGAGUCCCAAGUCUCCGCCCCCUCUUCCGAAAGAUAGGCUGACUUAACCCAGGAGGUGGAGACUGAGUCAGUUCCGUAUAAAUAUUCAUGAGGCCGCGACUAGAAGCAAGCGGGGGCUGGAGACUGGGAAGUUGUGCAAAGGGCGCUGCUCCCGCGGAGGAGACAGCGGCAGCAGCAGGAGGAGGAGCAGCAGCAGCAGCAGCAGGAGGAACAGUAGCAGCAGCAGAAGCAGGAGAAGCAGCAGCAGCAGCAGCAGCAGCAGCCUUAGAAAAUAGGGUGUUUGGUUUUUUUGUUUUGCUAGUUUGUUUGUUUUUUUAACGCGGAGCCAGACUGCUUUCGAGCCGGCGCGUCCCUUAGCAGCACCGCCACGACUUUGACCUGGAGGGGAGAUCCAUUUGGCCCGCACCCGACCGAGAGCAGAGCUGCAGCUGGUGCAGAAGACGUAGACUAGCCGCUGUAGAGUCCGGAGAAACCCUGCUUGGCGGCUCGGUUUUGAGGAGGGAAAUUUGUUUGCGGGUCUUGGGCUGUUCUUAAGGGGCAGAGAGAGCUGGAAAGACUAACACCGGGACUCAGGGAGUUUACUAUAUCUUUGCUCAGCCAUCUUGACUUUGCAUCACGGGGAGCGGAGGCGAAACUUGCUGCCACACCACCUUGUGUGCUCAGCAAAGUCAGGGGCAGCCCAGAAGCAGCCGGAGAAAAAGUGGCUGCGGCCCGAAAGAAGAGGAAAAAAAAAAAAAAAAAGCAAGUGCAAUAACAGGAGGACGAUGAGACUGCGACUGGAAACGCUCCUCCGGGCGGACUGAAACUGGACCUAAAAUUUUUUUAAGGGGGGGUAAGGGGAAAAGAACCCCCCGGGGAGGAUUGCAGUGCUUUUCUUGCUCCCUCUCGAUUUACUCCUUUCCAAGCCGCAAAGGAACUGCUGUGGGACUCGGAGAAGGGGGGGGGAGUGCGGGGGUGGCGCUUUCUCUCCCCCCGCCCCUGGCUCCCGUGGAAAGGAGCCGCUACUGAGACUUGAGGCGGGUGGGGGGCAGGGGGGAGGGAAGGAGGGAGAUUUGGAUUGAUUUCCUCAUUCAGCUUCCCGGACUGUGAGAUUUGGAACUAGCCACUGACGGGGGAGGCUAAGGGGGCGCAAUCGGCAGCUCCGUUUACAGCCCACUUCUCCCUGGAGAAGCCAAAGAUCCUGCGAAGAGGGGUAGGGGGAGGGAUCUGCGAGAAGAGCGCAGCCCCCGCUGGUACCUGGGGGAAGCUUGGAAGGCGCUCGCUACAGGGCUUGCUCGCCAGGCUACUCUUUCCCCCUCUCCCUCCCUCUUUCCUUUCUCCACCCCUCCAGCAGUUCCCGCGGAGCGGGGAGACGUUUGGGGAGAACUAGCUAGCGUGGCGAGAGGGACACUUGGAGGACUAGGAGGUGUGCGGGUCCGCCGACUGGGCCGUGUGCGAGGAGCCAAGUAUGGAGUGGAGUUACCUGUUGGAAGUCACCUCCCUGAUCGCUGCCUUCUCCCUGCUGCAGCGCUCCAGCGGGGCGGCCGCCGCCUCGGCCAAGGAGCUGUCGUGCCAAGAGAUCACCGUGCCCCUGUGCAAGGGCAUCGGCUACAACUACACCUACAUGCCCAACCAGUUCAACCACGACACGCAAGACGAAGCAGGCCUGGAGGUGCACCAGUUCUGGCCCCUGGUGGAGAUCCAGUGUUCUCCUGACCUCAAGUUCUUCCUGUGCAGCAUGUACACUCCGAUCUGCCUGGAGGACUACAAGAAGCCGCUGCCGCCCUGCCGCUCAGUGUGUGAGCGAGCCAAGGCCGGCUGCGCCCCACUCAUGCGCCAAUACGGCUUCGCCUGGCCGGACCGGAUGCGCUGUGACCGGCUGCCCGAGCAGGGCAACCCGGACACCCUGUGCAUGGACUACAACCGCACUGACCUCACCACCGCCUCGCCCAGCCAGCCACACCAUCAUCACCCGCCGCCGCCUCCGCCUCCUCUGCCUGGCGAGCAGCCACCCCCGGGCUCCGGGCACCACCGGCCCUCGGGGGGCCGGCCUCCGCACCGGGGCGCCGGCGGCAAGAGCUCGGAGGCUCCCGCUCCCCCGGCCCGGGGCGGAGGCGGGAAAUCCCGGGCCUCUGGCGGCGGCUCCUCCCCCUGCGAGCCCGGCUGCCAGUGCCGUGCGCCCAUGGUGUCGGUGUCCAGCGAGAGGCACCCCCUGUACAACCGGGUCAAGACGGGGCAGAUCGCCAACUGCGCCCUGCCUUGCCACAACCCUUUCUUCAGCCAGGACGAGCGCGCCUUCACCGUUUUUUGGAUCGGCCUCUGGUCUGUGCUCUGCUUCGUCUCCACCUUCGCCACCGUCUCCACCUUCCUCAUCGACAUGGAGCGCUUCAAGUAUCCCGAGCGACCCAUCAUCUUCCUCUCCGCCUGCUACCUCUUCGUCUCAGUUGGCUACCUGGUGCGCCUGGUGGCUGGGCACGAGAAGGUGGCGUGCAGCGGCGGGGCGGCUGGAGCUGGCGGCGCGGGCGGGGCGGGCGGCGGGGCCGGGGCCGCGGGGGCCGCAGCGGGGGCAGCCGGGGGUCCCGGAGGGCGGGGCGAGUACGAGGAGCUGGGCGCUGUGGAGCAGCACGUGCGCUACGAGACUACGGGCCCGGCGCUGUGCACCGUGGUCUUUCUACUCGUCUACUUCUUUGGCAUGGCCAGCUCCAUCUGGUGGGUGAUCCUAUCGCUCACCUGGUUCCUGGCGGCGGGCAUGAAGUGGGGCAACGAGGCCAUCGCGGGCUACUCGCAGUACUUCCACUUGGCCGCCUGGCUGGUGCCCAGCGUCAAGUCCAUCGCGGUGCUGGCGCUCAGCUCGGUGGACGGCGACCCCGUGGCCGGCAUCUGCUACGUGGGCAACCAGAGCUUGGACAACCUGCGGGGCUUCGUGUUGGCGCCGCUGGUCAUCUACCUCUUCAUCGGCACCAUGUUCCUGCUUGCCGGCUUCGUGUCGCUCUUCCGCAUCCGUUCGGUCAUCAAGCAACAGGGAGGCCCCACUAAGACGCACAAGCUGGAGAAGCUCAUGAUCCGCCUGGGCCUCUUCACCGUGCUCUACACUGUGCCCGCCGCCGUCGUGGUAGCUUGCCUCUUCUACGAGCAGCACAACCGCCCCCGCUGGGAGGCCACCCACAACUGCCCCUGCCUGCGGGACCUGCAGCCGGACCAGGCCCGCCGGCCGGACUACGCCGUCUUCAUGCUCAAGUACUUCAUGUGCCUCGUGGUGGGCAUCACCUCGGGCGUCUGGGUCUGGUCGGGAAAGACGCUCGAGUCGUGGCGGGCCCUGUGCACCCGCUGCUGCUGGGCCAGCAAGGGAGCCGGCCCGGGCGCAGGAGCCGCCGCCACCGCCGUGGGCGCGGGAGGAGGGGGGGGAGGAGUAGGAGGAGUAGGGGGAGGCGGCGGCGGGGGAGGAGGAGUGGGAGGCGGAGGAAUGGGAGGAGGGGGCUCCAUGUACAGCGAUGUCAGCACGGGUUUGACGUGGAGAUCGGGCACCGCCAGCUCGGUGUCCUAUCCCAAACAAAUGCCAUUAUCCCAGGUCUAGAAGGGGGGCGGCUGUGGGCCAAAGGAGAAGACUUCGCGGAAAAGGACUAGGCGGGGGCGGGAAGAAAAGGGGAGAGGGGACCUUUGACUGUCUGAAGUUCCCACCCCCGCCCCCCCUCGCCUCUGUUGAUUGCUAUUAGCAUGAUAAUGAAGUCUUAAUGGUGUCCAUUAGCCGGGACUUAAAUGAUUGGGUUAGAACAAUAUACCUGGCAUUGAAGACUCGCCGACCACAUCCCCUCCCUCCCCCCUCUCCGCCAUUUAUAUGCAAGGAACUCUUACUGCAAGGCUAUGUUAAUUUUUGUUGUUGUUGUUGGCAAAGAAGGGCCGACUCGGCCCAAUCUCUGGAACGGAAGGCAAGAAGCUUUCACUCCUGGUCCUGUGCUCGGCCUGGAAACCCAAAGUGCAGCACAUGUUUGAGGGCUGUGACUUCCUUCCCCCAGACACCUACAUUCACUCUCUCCCAUAAACUCUCGUGAUUAACACAUCCCAGAGGAGAGAUGAUCUCGUUCUAAUGGGACUGCAAGGUUUGGGUUUUCUCAAGGACCAGGCAAAUGCCUUAAACAAACAAACAAAACCAUGUCUUAAUUAUACACCCCAAGUAAAUACGGGUUUCUUACAUUAAAGGAUGUAUUUAUAUAAUUAUUUGUUAACUUGUAAAAAUAUGUAAAAUAUGUACAUAUCAAAAGAUAUACUGUCUGUACAUUUUUUUGUAAAAAGUUUAGAGGCUACCCCUGUAAGAACAAAUAUGACUAUUCUAUUUUGUCAAUAAAAUGACUUUUGAUAAAUGA